CCCCUACUAGGCACUGACUAAAGGGCUGAAAUAAAGUGUUUCCGGCCCUACUGGCUGCUGGUUUCGAUAAUGCCUGUAAAAGAAGGGUGUGUUGAGGUAUGUAAGGUCCUUACAACAGCUGCAGGUAAGGGUUCCUCCUUCCUGCUCCUGGCGCUUCACCACCUGCAGAGGCAGUAAGGAAUAUUCUCAUCAUGGAGGUGGUUGUUUUUGCUGUUGUGCUGCUGGUAUUAACAGGAAGCAAUGCACAGUCAGAUGUCUGUGGCAUCGCACCGCUCAACAAUAAGAUCGUCGGGGGGGAUUCCGCUUCUGCAGGCACAUGGCCCUGGCAGGUCAGCCUGCACAAAAGCUCACAACAUUUCUGUGGAGGCUCUCUGAUCAACAACCAGUGGGUGCUGACUGCGGCUCACUGCUUCUCCAGCUCCAGCACAUUUGGAUAUACAGUGUAUGUCGGAAGGGACACCCAACAAUUCUUUAACCUAAACGAGGAGUCCCGGAGUCUGUCUCAGGUCAUCAGACACCCAAGCUAUGAUAGCACCACAAGUGAUAAUGACAUCGCCUUGUUGAAGCUGUCCUCACCCGUGACCUUCACAGACUACAUCAAACCUGUGUGUCUGGCCAAAGAGGGCAGCACAUACAGUGCCGGGGCAACCUGCUGGGUCACCGGCUGGGGAACCAUUGGAAGUGACGAACCACUCCCGUUCCCUCAGAGGCUGCAAGAGGUGAGCGUCCCCAUCGUGUCCAACACGCAAUGUAGCGCCGUCUAUAGUUCUAUCACGAGCAACAUGAUGUGUGCAGGUCUGGAGCAGGGAGGAAAGGACUCCUGCCAGGGGGACUCUGGUGGACCCUUGGUGAGUAAAAGUGGCUCCAGGUGGGUCCAGGGUGGAGUGGUGAGCUUUGGAAAAGGCUGUGCUCUUCCCGACUUCCCCGGAGUGUACACCCGUGUGUCGGAGUACGAGUCCUGGAUCAACAGUCAGAUCAACAGCCCGGACUCCAGCACCCAGCCGGGCUUCUUCAACGUCACAGCGGAGGGGUCGUCCUCUGGAAGCACUCGUCUGGUUUCUCUCUCUCUGCUGCUGUCCUGCCUACCCAUCCUCUUCUCUCUCUUUGUACUCUCAUAGGACGUCUAAAGGUCAUUAAUGCACAUGUAAAGCGUCAUGUAUCGCUGCCUCUCAUUCUUUUAAACAAGCAAAACAAUCUGCACACAAAUUGAAAUAUUCUAAUUUUGAGGAAUUAAAAAUCAAGUUUUUAAGUGCAUAAAGAAAUUUCACCUGGAAGAAAACAAGAUUCCUUUAAAUCAAAUUCCAACAACACACGCUUAGAACAAUUUUCAUGACAAAAAAAUCCCAUGCUUAACUUUUUUCACCUGAUACACAGAUAUAAAAAGUUGCAUUCCAGAAAUUUAGUCCUGUUUCUAAGUCAUGAUUACAGUUGACAACACAUUUUAGAUCAGACUUAAAAAAUGGAUUACCAGAUAUUUUAUUCAGGGCAACCAAUAUUAAGAUAAUGACACUUGUUUGAAAAAAAUGAUAACUUAUAAGAUGCAACAGAUAAGGCCUAUAAUAUCAAAAUAUACUUUUGGCUUGUAGCAUAUUUGCACGCAGUUUUGCAGAAAACAUGCGUUCAGAAGAAUAUAAACAUUUAAAAUGUUAUAACUCAGGAUAACAUAAUGUGAAUGUCUCGUUAACGUUUUUGUUGGGGCUGCAAAUAACGAUUUUUCUCUUUUAAGAUUUGAUGGCAGAUUAUUUUUCUUGAUUUAAAUCGAUCAAUUAUUGUCUCUGUAAAAUGUUUUAAAAUUGUGAAUCAAAAGAAAUAUCCCUUUUGCACUGACGGUAAAUUGUAGGUUUAAUAAACCUCUGAGAUGUGGCAGAGGCAAUACUAAAGACAUGUAUUUUUUUGAUUACACUAACAUUAAUCUCUUUUAAAUUAAUGAAUUUAUAAUGAUAUAAUAUUUCUCCUUUUUUUUUAAGUGAACAAUUGCAAAGGUGAUUUAAUGUAAUCUUAAAAUACAGUACAAAUUAUGUUUACAUGUAUAAACAUUAACAUCAUUUUAUAUUUAGCCAAAUAUUUAACUGCAUUGUGGUUCCAAAUAACACCAAUAAACACCGUUUCACAAACUAAAUGUCUAUGUCUGAUAGAAUGUAUUAUAUAAAAUGUAAUAAAUCUAAAAAUAUUAUAGAUAUAUAUAGACCCGGAAAAAAUUAUGAGACCACUCCAAAUGUUUCUUAAAUCUUUAUCUGUACAUGUAUGGCAGCCAUUACAGUGUCUGUUGAAUUCCAACACAGAGAAAUGUUGUCAGUAGUUUAUAGAAUACAAUAAAAAAAAAUAAUAAUAAAAAAAUUGAACUCAAAGACAUACCUAUAAAUAGUAAAACCAGAGAAACUGAUAAUGCUGAAGUGGCCUCUUAAUAUAUAUAUAUAUAUAUAUAUAUAUAUACACACACAGCAUGUUAUUUUUAUAUAUAUUUAAUUUUUUCAAUCAUAUCUUCAGAAAAAUGUAGCAUUACGUUUCACACAUUAUUUAAAUGAUCGGUAAUAUAUCCAGAACAUUGUUGUAUUUUAGUUUAUUUUGUAUUUUGGGUAAUAUUAAGCUGUCUUUGGCUGUUUUUUGCUGUUACAAAUGCACAUUUCCCCUCUGUGGGACGAAUAAAGGUAUUCUGAUUCUGAUAUUAA